AUGUUUUAUUCACCAAAGAAAUUAGAAGUCGUCAUGGAGAAAUUCUAUGGAGGUAAUUCGGUUACUUCUCCCAGUCUAAGCAAGAUUAUCAACGAGAGGUAUUUCGAUAGGCUUUUGGGUCUAAUCAAACACGAUAAUAUAGCGGUUGGGGGUCAAUAUGAUAGAACUAAGCGUAUUAUGACCCCCACUAUCUUAAGAGAUUGCAAACCCAACGAUCCAGUAAUGCAAGAUGAAAUAUUCGGACCCAUACUACCGAUAUGUACCGUUAAAAAUGUAGAGGAAGCCAUCGACUUUAUAAAAUCACGGGAUAAACCUUUGGCGCUGUAUAUAUUUUCAAAAAAUAAAAAGGUGCAUGAUACUGUGUUAACUCAAACCUCCUCUGGGGGAGCUGCUGUCAAUGACUCGGUCUCGCAUCUGAUCACAGAGGGUAUACCUUUUGGCGGAGUAGGAGCAAGUGGAAUGGGGGCUUAUCAUGGCAAACAAGGUUUCGAUACCUUCACCCAUAAAAAAGGAGUCCUAAAAAAGGAUUUAUCCAGUUUUUCGGAGCUAGGAUUGAGCCUUAGAUACCCCCCAUAUACAGAUCAAAAAACAGCAUUGAUGACUUUUAUAUUAAAACGCAGAAAGGGUGUGGCUUUCUGCAAAUUGGAGACUUUAAUUACAUUUCUACUAGGCAUGGUUUUUGCUUUUAUAGUCAACUAUUUAUUUAUGUAA